AUGUUCAAAAAGGAGCUCAAGAAGAUGCAUCAACGUCCCAACGUGAGCAAAGACGCCUCGAUCUACUUGAGCGCGUCAAGCGUCGUGUCAGGCAAGAGGAGCAGAAGCGAGGAAUGUACGCGGAUGCUCAAUGGGCAUCAGAUGUCAUCAAUACCAUCUCAGUCUCCAAACGAGCCACUCAAGACUCGUCUGAUCAGGCUGGAGAUGGGGAUUUAA